CUGCUAAAUAAAAAGUUAUUAGUUCAGGAGACGAAGCUGCGCGGAAGCUUCUUGAGCCUCUUCCUCUUCUUCUUCUCUCUCCGCGGCCCAUCGUUCACUUUGGUCGUCCGUGCGGGCCUGGAAACUUCCGGUGGAUCUCCGGCAACGAGGUCAGAGCUGUGGAGAUUGAGUUUUAGCUCUCUCGAACCGAGGACGAAGAGAGAAGCGAAGAGAUUGAUUGCUGAUGCAAGCGAUUGGUUGAGCUCGGGAAGGGGAAUCGAUCGAGAUUCUAUUAGCUGUCGCUUUGAUUGAAAAGAGAGUGAUUUGACGAGUCGGUGGCAUCUCUCCUGCGGCGCGGGGUGGAAUGGAGAUGACGUCGCCGAACAGAUAUGUCCGGCACAAGGACGAGGAGAUAGGGAGUGGUGGUGAGGGGCGGAAUGGCGACGAGAUCCGCGUUUCUGAUGAUGCAUUUGACAUCCCGUCGAAGAAUGCACCUAUCGAGCGGCUGCGAAGAUGGAGGCAAGCGGCUCUUGUGUUGAAUGCUUCUCGUCGGUUUAGAUAUACCUUGGAUUUGAAAAGGGAGGAAGAGAAAGAGCAGAUUAGGAGGAAAAUUCGGGCGCAUGCUCAAGUUAUACGGGCAGCUUUUUUAUUCAAAGAAGCAGCUGAAAGCAAGGGACCAGAAACACCUGGUACAGUACCAGCACCGCCUAGCGGUGGUUAUGGCAUUGGGGUUGAGCAGCUCACUGCAAUGACCAGAGAUCAUGAUUUGCCUGCACUGCAACAAUAUGGAGGGGUAAAAGGCUUGUCAAACCUGUUGAAGACUAAUUUAGAAAAAGGAAUUAUUGGAGCUGAUGACACAGAAUUAUUACGCAGGAGAAAUGCAUUUGGGGCCAAUACUUACCCUCAAAAGAAAGGAAGAAACUUUUUCGUUUUUCUUUGGGAAGCUUGUCAAGAUUUAACUCUUGUAAUCCUUAUAAUAGCUGCGGUUAUAUCCUUGGUUUUGGGCAUAAAAACAGAGGGUAUCAAAGAAGGAUGGUACGAUGGUGGAAGCAUUGCCUUUGCUGUUAUCCUUGUUAUCGUGGUUACUGCAACCAGUGAUUACAAGCAAUCUCUUCAAUUCCAAAACCUCAAUGAAGAAAAACGGAACAUACAUUUGGAGGUUAUUAGAGGUGGUAGAAGGGUUGAAAUUUCAAUAUUUGAGAUUGUUGUUGGUGAUUUAGUUCCUCUCAAGAUUGGCGAUCAGGUUCCUGCCGAUGGAAUUUUAAUUUCCGGCCAUUCCCUUGCGGUGGAUGAAUCAAGCCUGACGGGAGAAAGUAAAAUUGCCCACAAGGAUCUAAAAAUCCCAUUUUUGAUGUCUGGGUGCAAAGUUGCUGAUGGUUACGGGACUAUGCUUGUGACUGCUGUGGGUAUCAAUACUGAAUGGGGGUUAUUGAUGGCUAGUAUAUCAGAAGAGAGUGGCGAAGAAACACCUUUGCAGGUGCGCUUGAAUGGUGUUGCAACUUUAAUUGGUAUAGUAGGGCUCUCUGUUGCUGCUUUGGUUCUUGUUGUCCUUAUAGUCAGAUUCUUCACCGGUCAUACAAAGAAUCCUGAUGGAAGUGUUCAAUUUAUCAAGGGCCAAACAAGUGUGAAAGAUGCUGUAAAUGGUGCUGUUAAGAUUUUGACUGUUGCGGUUACCAUUGUGGUCGUUGCUGUACCUGAAGGUCUUCCAUUGGCUGUUACAUUAACUCUUGCUUAUUCAAUGAGGAAGAUGAUGGCAGACAAGGCUUUGGUCCGGAGGCUGUCAGCUUGUGAAACUAUGGGAUCUGCCACUACAAUCUGUAGUGAUAAAACUGGAACUCUAACAUUGAAUCAGAUGACGGUUGUGGAAGCUCAUGUUGGUGGGGUAAAGCUAAGUUCUCCGGAUGAUAGCCAUGAGUUAUCUUCUUCUGUAUGUUCACUCUUGUUUGAAAGUAUUGCUCAGAAUACAACUGGCAAUGUAUAUGAACCAGAGGAUGGUGGUCCUGUUGAAGUUACUGGCUCCCCUACUGAAAAGGCAAUACUUUCUUGGGCUGUUAAGCUGGGAAUGAAGUUUGAUGACGCUAGGUCUAGAACAUCAAUUCUUCAUGUUUUCCCUUUCAACUCGGAAAAGAAGCGUGGAGGUGUUGCAGUGCACGUGGCAAACUCGGAAGUUCAUGUACAUUGGAAGGGAGCUGCUGAGAUAGUUCUAGCUUCAUGCACAAAAUGGUUGGACUCAAAUGGUCAACCGCAGGAAAUGACCACAAAUCAGAUGGAUGCUUUCAAACGAUCUAUUGAAGAUAUGGCAGCAGCUAGUCUUCGUUGUGUUGCCAUCGCAUACAGAUUAUAUGAAAUGGAUAAUGUACCCAAAGAAGAAGAGAGGGACGGUUGGGCAUUACCUGAAAGUGAUUUGAUUCUGCUUGCUAUUGUAGGGAUAAAGGAUCCAUGUAGGCCUGGAGUUAGAGAUGCUGUGCAACUAUGCACCAAUGCUGGUGUCAAGGUCCGCAUGGUUACUGGAGAUAAUAUACAGACAGCCAAAGCCAUUGCUUUGGAAUGUGGAAUUCUUAAAUCAGAAGAGGAAGCGAUAGAGCCAAUUGUAAUAGAGGGAAAAGUUUUCCGUGCUUAUUCCGACAAAACAAGAGAAGAAAUUGCUGAAAAGAUAUCUGUAAUGGGAAGGUCUUCUCCCAAUGACAAGCUUUUACUUGUCCAAGCACUGAGGAAAAAGGGUCAUGUGGUUGCUGUCACUGGAGAUGGCACCAAUGAUGCUCCUGCAUUGCAUGAGGCAGAUAUUGGUCUUGCAAUGGGAAUUCAGGGCACUGAGGUUGCAAAAGAAAGCUCAGACAUUAUUAUUCUCGAUGAUAAUUUUGCAUCAGUUGUAAAGGUUGUUCGGUGGGGUCGAUCAGUUUAUGCAAAUAUCCAGAAAUUUAUUCAGUUUCAGCUCACUGUUAAUGUUGCAGCACUUGUGAUUAAUGUGGUUUCAGCUGUUUCAUCGGGUGAAGUUCCUCUGAAUGCAGUUGAGGUGAGAACAUUAGAGAAUAGACAUCUUUUAUUUGUAAUUUGUAUAGAAAUGUGAUACCACAUGAUUAAAAUGCACCAUUGAAUCCUCAUGAAACCACCUUGGGGAACUUCUC